AAACGUGUAAAGGGCCCCAAAAGUGAAGUGGAUAAAAUGAUAAGUAGCCAAACGUGUCCUUUUUCUCAUCCAAAUAAAAAUUGCUUCUUUAUUGCUGUGUUGCAAACUCGCGCCAUUGCUGCUAACUGACUACAGUGUAAUCUCAUAAAUGAGAAUUUGAUCUGAAAAACCACAAGGAAUUGUCGCUUUAUUAUGUGUGGAUGUUAGCUUUUGCUUGUCGAAAAUCUCUAAGAGCUUUCCAUCUGGAGGAAAUAUAGUUCUUAAAUACAGACUCAUGCAAAGACUAAGCAUUCUUGAUUGGCAGUGUAACUUGAGUUUUCGAUGCAUAAAUCUACUAGAUGGUGAAUCAGCCCAUACAUUGCUUCACUCAUUUUCCUGUAGAAGAGGCAGUAAAUCAUAUCAUCCAAAGACAAGACAUUGUUCAAAACUUAGACAUGCUGAUCUGAAUGUCACACUUCAAAGUCUAAUGCGUCCAUGCUCAGAAAUUCAUAGCACAGUUAGUGACAACAUUGAUGAACUACUUGACGAAGAGGACGAGUUAUGUCCUGUUGAAUGUGUAAGAGAAUUUAAGACUGAUGUGGAAUUCUCCAUAAUAUUGGAAAAGGCGAAAAAGGCUGGUUCUUUGGUUGUGGUAGACUUCUUUCGCACCGCCUGUGGAAGCUGCAAGUACAUAGAGCAGGGGUUUCAAAAAUUAUGCAGGGGAGCUGGUGAUGAACAAGCACCAGUUAUCUUCUUAAAACACAAUGUGAUCGAUGAGUAUGAUGAACAAUCUGAGGUUGCUGAACGACUGCGAAUCAAGACAGUACCUCUUUUUCACUUUUAUAAAAAUGGAGUCCUAUUGGAAGCUUUUCCCACUCGAGACAAAGAAAGGAUACUUGCAGCUAUUCUUAAAUACUCUGCUCCAGCUUCCGCGGAUGCUUGAAUUGGUCUGGUUUGCACUUGCUUCUACAUAAUGUUAGUGCUUCUAUAUAAUCAUUCUUGGUGCUCAGCACACAUUGAAACAAUUUCUUCGUUACCACAUCUGUAUUAUAAUAUCUUUGUACUUGUUGUUCUACUUAAAUAAGCAUCGAUACUGGAUACUCUUGUAUAUUGAUAGUCCUUUACUUAUAUCCAUUUUGUACGCCACUCUCUGAGCUUUA